GCUGUUGAGAGAGUCAGUACGGGAGUGAGCUACAGGUGCGGCUGGAUCCAGGAGUUCACAGAGCAUUUUUUACGGACGCCUGUUGGCGUCAGUGCUGCCCUCAAGCAGGCUGUGUCCGUGAGGGCGCACGUGCGGCCCCCAGCCGUUUGCUGGGUAACAAGCCCAGGGGGCGGAGGGCUCCGAUCUGCCAGGGUAAUCGCAAAGUCUCAGGACCAGAAUUUCACGUCAUUGGCAGGCUGGGUCACGCGUCCAUCCCCGAAGUGAUCAUAGAGGCCCUUUGGCCAGGAUUUUGGCCUUCGAGGGAAAGGAAAUCGCACGUGUCCCCAAGAGAGCGGCCGGGGGCUGUGUCCCGGUCCCUGACGUGUUGGCCGUUGUUCCCUUCUCCUCCCCCAGUGAGCCCGGAGCACCCGCGCCCGGAGCCGUGGGCAGCUGAGUCCCCCAGGCCAUGGACCGAGUGACCAGAUACCCCAUCUUCGGCAUCCCUCACUCGCCCCGUGUGGGUGGCCUGGGCCUGGAGGAGGGCACCGGCCACACGUUUGAGCUGGUGGACGCGGGGCCUGCGGCCAGCGGCUGGGACCGGAACAAGCCACGGGCCCUGCCUGCCGACCGAGAGGCCGGGCCGAAUGCAGCCGGGCCGAAGGCGUCCCGGAGCCCAUGUGCCUUCCUGGGGCGGCCAGCCCCGUGGAGGCUCGGCCGGGAGGGUGACGAGAAAGAGGAGGCGAAGGCCCGCCGUCGGCACCCCAGGGACGCCCGGCCCACGCGGCCACGGAGCCUGGAACGGGAGCACCAGGCACUCAGGGAGGGCAGGCCUGCCCACGGGGACCCCGGGAGCCCCGGCCAGGCUCGGUCCGGGCCCCCGGAGGAGCACGUGGUCGACAGGGAGCAGAUCAACUUCCCGGCGGCCAGACGGCAGUUCUUGAGUCUGGAGCAGGCCGGUGCAGCGGCCGCCCAGAACCUUCCGGCCAGGGCGGCCCCCGCGUGCGCCCCGCCUGCCGUGGGUCAGGCCUCCACGGCCUCGGGCGGGCUGCCCCCGGCCAGCGGGUGUGCCGUCCCCCCAAAGCCCCGGGGGAGGGGCGCGGUCUCGGGAGGGAAGGGGGGCGCCGGCGGCCUCCCCGCUGCCCCUGGCGCCCGGGCUGCGGGCGGCCGUGGCCCCCGGUCCCGAGCGGGGUCCCCGGGGCCCCCCGGGGAGACGCCCCUCGAGCGGGAGAUCCGGCGGGCCCAGGAGCGGGAGGCGGACCUGCGAGAGCAGAGAGGGCUACGGCAGGCGGCCAGCCAGCAGGAGAUGGUAGAGAUGCCCGCCAGGCCACUGCUGAGCAAGGUCGGCCUGGCCUCGGCCCCGCGGCGGGACAGGGGGCGCCCGUCGCUCUACGUGCGGCGGGAUUUGGUGCGGGAGACCCAGCGGGAGGAGGACCACCGGCGGGAGGGCCUGAAGCUGGGCGAGCCGUCCGCGCCGGCCAGGGCGGCCCUGGGUCCCCAGCCGGGACCCAGGAAAGCCCUCAGCUCAGACCCCGUCCUCGGCCUGGCCCGGGAAGACGGGCCGGCCCGCCCCGCUCCCGCGGGGAGGAAGGAGGACCGCGGCAUCCCGGCCGACGCCCUCCAGCCGCACCUGCGCCCCGGGAGCCCCCGGCUGGCGUGCCCGGCGCUCCACGCGUCCGGCAGGCCUGGGGGUCUCUCUGCGGCCGAGGCCGAGGCCGUGGGCUCUCCACAGGCCACAGGCUCUCCGCGGCAUCUCUUGGAAUCCUCUGGAAAACCGGCAGGCGCAAAGCCGCAGUGCUCCAAGCCCCGCGAGGGGCCCCCGCCGGCCAAGAGAGGGGUCAUCCGACAGGAGCAUUUCUGCCUGCGGCCCCUGCGGUUCAGGGUCCCAGACGGGCCCCUGCAGGCCGCGGCCCCCCGCGUCCCAGGCUGGGAGGGCGGGGGGAUCCUGGCGUCGACGCUGCAGAGGUCCCAGUCGUCCGAGCUGCUGGAGAAGGAGGUGGAGAGCGUCCUGCAGCGCGAGCGGGAGGUGGCCGAGGAGCGGAGGCAGGCCCUCUUUCCUGAGGUCUUCUCCCCGCCGCCCAAUGGCGACGACGACGACGACGAGCCCGACGGCUCCAGGAGCUCCUCCGCGGCUUCCGGCGUCACGGGCAGCUACUCCGUGUCUGAGUCCCACUUCUUCACCCCCAUCCACCUGUCAGGCGUGGCGGGUGCUCCCAAGCAGACGAAAAGGAAGGAGCCGCGGUAUGCCAGCCUCAGCGCCUCCGACCACAUCAACUCGGAGGUCCUUGAGGCCACACGGGUCACCCGCCACACCAAUGCCAAGGCCAGGUGCUGGGAAGCCCGUAUCUACGCCAACGAGGGCAAGGGCUGAGCCGGGCGCCCCGGGCCUGCCCUGGGGGGUCUGCUGGCCCAUCCCGAGCCCCACUUCCCUUAGGAAACAGGUGCCUGUUUAAACUCCCCACCCACCCCCCUCCCCCCCCAGAACCACAGAUCAGGGCCGACAGCCCCGAGGCCGGAUGCGUUUUCAGCCCUGAUGGUUCUCUUUCCUGUUCUUACCUUCCUGGAGACGUUGUUGUGUUUUCUGUGUGUCAUGCUGGGGAUGGAACGGGAGGCCUCUGGAUUCUGCUUCUAAGACUUUGCCAAACACUUUGGGCCCCAAAUGGGAGGAGACCAGCCGCCCCCCACCCCCAGGUCCAGAUGUGACUGUCCCUGCUAGUCUGAGGGCGGUGGGGCUGGUCCCUGGGGGAGCCGCAGGUCUGAGGGAGGAGCACCCAGUCUGAGGGCCUCUGUGUUGUCCCCCAACCCCACCCCCGCGUGGCACACCCAGCAAAUCUCUGAAUUACAGCCCUGUGGGGUUAGCCCCCCCGCCCCCGGCAGAGAAGAGGGCUGAAGGGGACCCACGUGCUCUGUGCCCCCCCCCCCACCCCGCCGCGGCCCAGCAGUGACAGCGUCAGUGCCUGUCCAGGGGGCGAGGCCAGUGGGUCCCCCGUGUGGCCCUCCAACAGCGUCCCUGGUGUCCGGGGAGGUUGGAGGGGUCACUGGUUGGGCCCUGUGUGCAUUCGAUCCUCCCACCUGAGAGACGAGAUCAUUCUGGGCAAGGUGUGGACGCUGGACCCAAACCCUAGUUCUGCAGCCAUCCUCGGGGUGGCCUUGGGGGUCCCCAGAGCUCCUGUGCCUCGGUUUCCCCUCCACGCACAGGGAUGGCCGGCCUCAGCCUCCAGGCCCCUCCCGCUCCCCCUCUCCUUGGCCGCUGCAGGGAAAACCGAGGCGGCCAGUUCCAGAAAUCCUGC